AUGGCUCGUUUACUAACCCUCGUCUCUCUUUUAUUCUUCUCCGUCGGCUCCCGGGUUGCUGCAAGUCCUUGUGUAGCAUUUGACGCUUCGUGGAACUUGUACGCAUUCGGGUUCAAUGGCAAGGACUACAAUGCUGGUACCUCUGAUUCUUGGGCUUCUGGCACCGCGUCCGACGUUACAGCUUCGGGUCGGCCCCCAUUCGACGGUGCUAACACUACUUGCUAUCUCUCCCAGUUCUACAACGGGAUUUAUGUGCUGAAUGGCGACUCUUCUAAUCCUUCCGACGUGCACAUCUAUGACCCUACCGCGAAAUCAUGGACUACCCAAGCCACCAGUGGCGGUCCCACUGACGGGUAUUCAGCCGUUCUCGAUCACGACACAAAUGUCUUCUACGUACUCUCCGACUCCGGUGAACUGUGGUUCCUGAGCUUCGAAAACAUCACGACCGCCGCGCAGUCUUCGACUAUUCCUUGGACUGAUGUUGAAAAAGCUGGCUUUGAUACCACCAACUACCAACCCGUCAUGGCUCUUGCAAACAACCAUGUUCACUUCCUUGAUGUUCCCGGAGUCGCUGCAGGAAGUGCAGACAUCUUUGUAAUCCACUUUUCGUGGUUCCAACCUGAUUCUCAGUCGUACGGAAACUUCCCUGCGCAACACGGCCAGACCACUUCAAUCUUUGAGCCUGCUAACGAUGGUGUCCAGCUCGCUUUCGCUUACAUUCCUGAUGACGGCUCUGCUACAUACAUCAUCGACGUCGUGUCUAACACCACCGCAACGAUGGCUGGACCUUCAACCAAGGACUCAUCCGCCUCCUACUUUGCAUCCGACGCUGCCAUCGUCCAGCUCACCUCUUCUGGUGCUGUGAACUACAUUCCUUACACCAAUUCUUCUUCGGACUCUAGCGCGUCCUGGAGCACUGUCAAGAAUCUCGUUUCCGUUGCGCCUACCUCAUCUGCAUCAUCUGGCUCCGGCUCAGCCAGUGCCACCAAGUCCGCUACUGGCUCUGCUGCUUCUGGCACUUCUACAACUUCUACCUCAUCCAGCUCCAGUUCCAAUGGCUGCAUGGGAGUGGCUGCAAAGAGCGGUACCGUUGUAGUUGGCAUGAUGUCUGCCUUGUUGUUGGGUACCAUUGCCCUGUUCAUAUCCUAA